UUUUUAAUUUUGACAACAGUUUCUUGAAGUGAAACAAACUUCAUAUUAUUGAAAGUGCAAUAUUUAAAUUGUCAUUUCGUAUUAGUAAUAAAGAAUAUUUUUAGAAAUGAGUGAUUUUUAAUUAAUAUUACGUUUAUCAGACAUCAAAUCAACAAUACAACGAAAAGUCGAUAAAGUCGUUGAAAAAAUGGUACCUCCACCACCAGAAGAUAAUAUUAAGAAGGAUAUCGAAGAUGUGGCCAGCGAAGCGAAGUCGAUGAUUGAACGUGCUCUGGGUGAUAUUAGUAAAACAUCCGCCACUCAACAAUUGCUUAUUGGAACCGCAUCAGGAUGGGUCACCGGUGUUGUAGCCACCAAAUUUGGUAAAUUAUUAGCUGUUGCACUUGGAGGUGGUAUAAUUGCGUUGCAAGUAGCCAAUCACCAAGGAUAUAUUACAGUGAAUUGGGACCAAAUAAUGCGUCGUGUUGAUAAGGUCGCUGACAAAGUGGAGGAGCGUGUUAAUAAAGAAGGACCAAAAUGGAUGGAUAAGAUGGAGCGAUACGUUGAUCGAAAAUUGGAUAAAGCCGAAGAUUUAUUGAAGAAAAAUCAACGGAAAGCAAAACGUUGGUAUCAUAGCGUAACUGGAACAGGUCCCGAUUUCCAAUUAGAAAAAAUACAUAUAUUUACCAUAGGCUUUGUUGCUGGCGUUUCAAUUGGUAUAAUUACGGGUUAAAAUACGGCCAAAAUUUUAUACCAUAUUAGUUGUUUUUCAUGGACUAAUUAGACUAGGCAUAAUAUUUAUUCCAAUUUGCUUUACACCGAAUUCUUGUCACGUUUAAACUCUCGAUUAAUUUAAUCGUGGCAUAAAUUCGAUUUUUUUUCUAAAUAUUCGUAAUCUCAAAUGGGUGGUGAUGGGACUCAAUUCGCUUUAUGAAAAACAAGAAAACCAAAAAAAAAAGUACCUAAGUGCGAAAAUCAAAAUGAAAAUUGUAUUUCGAUCAUAGAGAUAAUAUCAUAGAGCUGUAUAGACAUAGGAAACACAAUUUUUUACCGCAGUGAGAGAGGUAGAAAGAGACAGAAAUUGUAGGCGUAUAAAAGAGACAAAGGCAGCUAUACGUUCCUACUUUGUUUACUUUAUUCUGUUUUCUCUCUACUGCUAUCAACCGUAUGGCGGCGACUUUUGCAGCUCCGUGGUAUUAUCUCUAUGGUUUCGAUUCACAACGUUGCGUCAUUUUUCAGUGAAAAUUGCAACGAACAAAAAAUCAGGGAUAAUUUUAAUGUCGAUUAGAAAUGAUUUAAAAAAAAAAAAUACUCGUGAGUUUUUAGAAUUGAAUUCUGAAGAUCUGAUUCUUCAUCGAUAUCUUGGAAUAUAUUGUGCAUCAAUUUUAAGGUUAUACGAGCGCCAGGGCAAUUUUGGAUAAAAGGCUUGAUUUUUUUUUUAAAUAUUAAGUUUUUUUUAUCAAGGUAGACGUUAUAAAAAACGAAACGUUGCAAAUUAAAUUUUGAUAUUUGAUGCACAAUUUCUUGGAUCUGAUAUGCUUAGUUUAAUUACUCCGUGUGAUAAAUCAAUACUCCUGUAAUUUGUUGAUUCCAAUUGAUCUGAUGGAUCUGAAAGCAAUUGUUGUUUUUUUUUAGUCGAUAUAUUUUAGACGUAAAAGUAUUUGUUUUUUCCUUUCGUAUUAUUUAUGUACAGUCAAAAUCGAAUUUAACGAUAUUAAACGGGACUUACAAUUUUAGUCAUUACAAGCGUUAUUAAAUAUAUUUUAUCUCUCUGGAAUAAUUUCUCGAGAAAGAAAUAUGAACAAAUUAUUCUCCAAGGAAAAAUGAAAGUCCGUCGUUAAAGAAAUGACUAAAACCGACCCUUUGCUGUCCUAGUUUGUUUUUUGACGGCCGAGCUUUCAUUUUUCCUCGGAGAAGGACGAUUUUAGUGUCUUAGUAACGUAAUAAGACUUCAUUGAGGUUCCAAAUAAAGUUAACAGUGUUCAAAAUAGUAAAUGUUGGUCGUUAAAGACGUUUUAUUCUAAUUAUGGUUAGUCGUUAUAAGCGAUUUUGACUGUAGUUUUUCUUUUUGUUAUAAAAAAUCUUAAUAUAUUAAUCGCAGUAUUAACUUACUUAAGAUUCGCACAUUUUUUUUUGUCCUUAUGUAAAAAAAAAAUGCAAACAAUGCAAAAUUAUUGUGUAAAUUUAGUGUUUAAUAAAGAUUCAUUUUAAUAUAAGCAA